GGUUGGGAGGAGGAUGCGGCCCGCUCUGAUGCUCCGUCUGCUUUCCCAGCAGAUGGCCCGGGGCUGGCGGAGGCGGCCGGCGGCGGGGCGCGCAGGCUGCGCACGGCUUACACCAACACGCAGCUGCUGGAGCUGGAGAAGGAAUUCCACUUCAACAAGUACCUGUGCCGGCCGCGCCGCGUCGAGAUCGCGGCCUUACUGGACCUCACCGAGAGGCAGGUCAUAGUCUGGUUCCAGAACCGGCGCAUGAAGCACAAGCGGCAGACGCAGCACCGAGAGCCGCCCGACGGGGAGCCAGCCUGCCCGGGCUCCCUAGAGGACCCCGGCGAGCCCGCUUCGGAACCCGCGCCAGCCCCGGCCCGCCUCUCCGCCCCGCGGGCGGGCGGGGAAGCCUGCUCUCACCCGUCCGAGGUCGCGCCAGGCCCCCUGGGGCGCUCCGUGCGCCCCCGCCCGUUGACCUCCUCGCCCCGGACGGCGCGGGGACGCCCGAGCCCCGGCUGCGCCUGCGCGGGGCCCGCGGGCUUGGAAACCCGAGCUGUUUGCCCCGAGGACGCCUUCCCUGAGCGGCAGGAUUUCGCCCUUUCCUUGCCCGACCUCAACUUCUUCGCGGCCGACUCCUGUCUCCAGCUGUCCGGAGGCCUCUCCCCCAGCCUGCAGGGCUCGCUCGACAGCCCUGUGCCCUUCUCCGAGGAGGACCUGGACUUCUUCACCAGCACCCUCUGUGCCAUCGACCUGCAGUUCCCCUAACCUUCUCCUCCCGGCCUCUCUGCCCCCCACCCCAGGGCCUCCUAGGACCCCCCAGCCCCCAAGUGGUUUAGACUUCUUUAUGUAUUUUGCUAAAAUUCAGGUAUUAUUGAAUUAGCGUUUAAUCCACGUCCUUUCUUCUCUCUCUAAAAUAUUGGAUACUCGGGCGUCUUUUGGAAACCGCAGAAAAAUUCCGUUCGGUAGACUCCUUCCAACGAAAUCUCAGGAAUCAUUACACUGUAAGGGGCGGGGCGGGGCUUUUCUUUAAAAAGAACUAGAGGAGCCUA